AUGGAAGAAAGUGCGAAAAAAGGGAUGUUCGAGUCUUCAUUAUACCUCCCUGCCAUUCACUUACAGAGUUUAUCUGAGCUGGAGAGAUUCCGGCUUCAGGAGAUUGCCCUGUAUAUUCUUCAGGAGAGAGGACUCUGUUCUGACAUAAAACCUGGGUAUCAAAAGACAAGGAAAACGGUGAAGCACAAGCAGGAACGAAAAGAUUGCCCUCAAAGACUAUUUGGGGUAUCUUUGUCUGAUGUCAUUGCUCAGGAUCGUGUAGAACGCCAGCGUGUUUUUCCUGUUCGGAACCGCAGGGCAUUUGCUGAAGUUGAGAGCAGUGUCCUGAGUUUUCUGGUCCAAACGCAACGCACUUCAACUCCAAGCACAUUAAUGGACCUGCCACUAUCAUCCACAUUCAGGGACAGCAUGACCCAUCCCAGGAGAAGGGGGGCUCUUUCUGUUGACUCCAUAACAGACUUGGAUGACGGAGCUGAUCGCCUUCUUGAAGCCCUCCAGUUGUCACAUUCGUCAGAACUGCGUUCUCAACAUGAAGAAAAUAGUCUACAGCUAAGUCUGAAUCCAAUUUACAAGCAGGUGCCACGAAUUGUAGAGAGAUGCUGCUCUCACAUUGAGAAAUAUGGGCUUCAGACAGUUGGAAUAUUUCGUAUUGGGAGCUCAAAGAAAAGAGUUGAGCAGAUGCGAGAAGAAUUUACAAUUUCUGGUGACAUGCUCCUGGGAGAAGACACUUGUGUGCAUGAUGUAUCUGCUGUGCUGAAGGGGUUUCUGAGGGACCUCAGGGAGCCUCUUCUACCUCGGGAGCUCUACGCAGCCUUUAUACACACUGCCGGAAUGGAUAUUGAGGAGCAAUUAUGUACUCUGCAGCAGCUCAUAUUUGCACUGCCACCGUGUAAUGCUGACACACUGCUUCGCAUCUUACAGCUUCUGUACAAGGUGGCUUUAUAUGAAAAGGACACAAUCAACCCUACAGGAGAGCAGGUACUGGGAAACAAAAUGUCUGUUGCUAACCUAGCAACUAUAUUCGGUCCAAACUUGCUACAAAAUGAGAGUGGUUUGGGGUGUGAAAAACAAAGCUUCCAGGACAGUGCCUCACAGAUCAAAGUGACAGAGACGCUAAUACAGUAUCAUCAAGACUUGUACAUGGUACCUUCUCAUACACAUGGUGACAUCAUAAUGAGCUUGCUGCAAACAGAUCCAGAAGUUGUAGAUUAUGUAUUACGUCGAAACUCUUCAUUCUCUCAGGUUUUGGAUGAAGCUGGUCCAAAUAGACAAGAUGACAAGCAACAGUGGAGAAAGCAUGUAGCAUCUACCUUAUUUCCUCACAGUUCUUUAGUAACUUUAAUGCAGCUACUGAGUACCAGAGGAAAUACAGGUUUUCAAGAUGGUUCCUCUCUUUUAUCUAUGCGUCGCCCAUCUCGUUCUCAAGAGGAUCUAACUGUGCUCUCCACUUCCUCACCUCACAGAUGUUUUUUGCCAGUUCUGCCCCGUUUCUUGCCACUCUUCACAUGGGGAUCCUCCUGUUCUUUUCCAUGAAACACUGACUCUUGCUCAUAUUUAUCAUCAUCAUCAUCAUCUUUAUCAUGACUGAUACCUAAUGAGGAUCUCCAA